AUGUUCUUCAUAGCCGUGUUCAUUCUUGCCGUAUGCCUCGCUGUUAUCUCAUAUACCCUGACAACACUCAACAACCUCCCGGCGCCCGACUUCCCAGCAAUUCCACCAUGGCAAACGCUGUACGACAUUGUCGCAGGGCUGUCACGAGCGGAAUCUUACGAUCGACGGAUCCGGCCGAUCAUUGAGAAGCACGGCGCCGUGAAUCUGUGGCAUGCCGGGCGAUGGGUUGUGCUGGUGGCCCGGCCCGAGCUGGUGACUCAGGUCUUUCGCAACGAUGAGAUCUUUAUCAAGGGCGGGAACAUCCAGAAAAUCCCCUACAGUGCCUUUGCCCGCAUCUUCGGGGUCAACAUCAUCGACUCCCACGGCCCCCUUCAUGACUCCUUCACGGAGAUCAUCAAGCCCAGUCUCCAGCGCAGAUUCGAUCUCGACCCUUUGCGAUCAAGCUCAAAACAGCUGGCCCAAAGCUUACUGCUGCAGCAAGGAUGCCAGCCAGGGUCCGGGGUCGAGAUCCAGCAUCUCACGCUGGAUUGGGCGAUCGAGGUUUUCGCCGAAAGUUUCCUGGAUUUGAGUCCGGACCGCAUCGCAGAGCAUCGUCCAGGCGUCCAUGAGGCCAUGCAUCGGUUCGUGAGUGGUGUCUCGACGAAACUGCAGGCGUUGGUGUACAGUGUCUUCCCGGGUCUGGAGCGUUGGCCGUGGCUGAUGCCCUCGGGCGACUACGGUAUCCGCAUUGUGGAUACCCUAGAAGCUCGCAUCCGGAAUCUGGCCGAGAUCGCUUCCCAAGACCCCAGCCCGGCAGCACCCCACCAGCCUUCACACUACGACAACGAGAAAUUGGUCCAUCGCCUGCGGCGCGCAUUGGAGAGGGGGGAUAUAUCUGAGGACCACUUCCGCGGCAACCUGAACCAGCUCUUCAUCGCCGCGGUGGAGAACAUCGACAUCGUGCUCAACUCCGCCAUGUGGGAACUGGAGAAGAACCCCACACUGCAGGAUCGCCUGCGGCAGGAGGUCCUCGCGUUGCUGCCCGCCAACCAGCAGGCCGGGUACGCCGAAAGCGAGCUCGACGCGCUCCCGCUCCUCACAGCCACCGUCUACGAGGCUCUCCGCUUAUACCCGCCGCUCAUCAACCUGAUCAACCGAUCCACAACCGAGCCGGUCUGCCUGGGAUCCGCGAGCAACAGGCCCCUCCCGACGGGGACCUGGGUCGGCUGGCACGCGUACGGCACGCACACCGACCCUGGUGUGUGGGGGCCCUCCGCGCGGGAAUUCGACCCCGAUCGCUGGGGCAGCGACCCGGUCUCGAUCCGCAACACGUUUCGCUCGAUGCAGGUCAAGGGGAAGUAUCUGCCGUUCACAACCCACGCGCGCCGAUGUCUGGCCAGUAAGUUCGCCAUCACCGUGCUGAAAAUCGCCCUCUGUGAGAUGCUCGUGGCGGUUGAGUGGCAGCGGGAUCCCGAGUAUAAGUUCGAAUUGGUCAAGGUAGGGUUGCGCCCCGGCUUCGGUCCGGAACGAUGGUUACUAAGCAUUGUAUAG